CAGAGCAAAAACUAGAAAAAUGAUAUCAAACCGGAUGAAAAGAACAAAGGCUUGCGCAACGCCGUAAAAAAUAACUUUGGUGCCUUUUACUAAUGUUUUCGGCCUUCCUCAUCCAGUGAACUCUUCUUCAGUCAUCUCUACAAUGGACGCUUGCGCAAACGCCGGAAAAAACAGCUCCAACACAGUGAGUUAUCCCAUUUCUCUCUCCUGGGCCUGCUUAAUUCCUUCAUAAUUUUGGUUUAAUUUCUUCAAUUUUAUUUCAAUUCCUAGUGUAAUUCCCAUAAAAAUGGCUGCUUCAAUGUCUUUCUUUGCUCACCUUAAACCUUAUCCAUGUCCUUCGCCUCAAACUUUUUCCACAAAUUCACUGUUCUUUUCGAAUUCCAAAUCUUUUCCAUUUAUCUCUUUCUCAUUAGCUCAAAAACCCAAUUCUCCUUCAUCUGUUUCUUCCCAUCAACUCCCUCCAAAUUUUACUCCAAAACAGCUGCUUGAAGCUCUGAGGGGAGAGAAAGAUGCAGAAAUGGCACUCUGGGUAUUUGAUUGGGCUUCAAAACAGGCUAAUUUCACCCCCACUUUGUCAGUUUUUGAGGAAGUUCUUCGGAAGCUUGGGAGUGAAGGGUCUUUUGAUUCAAUGAAAAGGGUUUUGCAAGAAAUGAAGGAAUUAGAUUGUGAGAUUAAUGAAGGUACUUUCUUGAUUUUUAUCGAAUCUUAUGUGAAUUGUGGUUUGUAUGAUGAAGCUGUUUGUGUGAUUGACAUGAUGGAGAAUGAAUUCGGGGUGAGUUGUGGGACUUAUACCUUUAAUUUCUUGUUGAAUGUUCUUGUUGAUGGGCAUAGGUUGAAAUUAGUCGAAAGUGUUCAUUCUAGAAUGGUUGAAAUUGGUGUUAAGCAAGAUGUUUCGACCUUUAAUAUACUGAUUAAAGGGCUUUGUAAAGCUCAUCAAAUUAGGCCUGCCCUUAUUAUGAUGGAAGAAAUGGAAAGCUAUGGAUUGACCCCGGAUGAGAAAACAUACACGACGAUUAUGCAGGGUUAUAUCGAGGAAGGGAAUGUGGAAGGCGCUUUGCGAGUUAGGGAACAGAUGGUGGGAGAUGGGUGUGCUUCGACCAAUGUGACUGUAAAUGUUCUGGUUUAUGGGUUUUGUAAGGAGGGAAGGAUAGAAGAAGCUUUGGGCUUUAUUCAGGAAAUGAUUGUUGAAGGAUUUUAUCCUGAUCAUUUUACAUUUAACACUUUGGUAAGUGGUUUGUGUAAAUCAGGUCAUGUUAAACAUGCACUAGAGGUGUUAGAUGCUAUGCUUGAAGAAGGGUUUGAUCCGGAUAUUUUCACUUAUAAUGCUCUAAUAUCAGGGCUGUGCAAAAUGAGUGAGAUUGAAGAGGCAAUGGAAGUACUUGAGUUGAUGGUUUUAAGGGGUUGCAACCCGAAUACUGUUACCUAUAACACUCUAAUUAACACCAUGUGUAAAGAGAAUCAAGUUGAGAAGGCCACUGAAUUUGUGCGCCUUCUUACAAGCAAGGGGAUUUUGCCUGAUGUGUGUACAUUCAAUUCUCUCAUACAAGGUCUUUGCUUGUCCAGAAACCACAAGCUUGCUAUGGAACUAUUCCGAGAUAUGCAAAAUGAUGGGUGCCGGCCUGAUGAAUUUACUUAUAAUAUGCUAAUAGAUAGUCUUUGUUCUAGAGGGAAAAUAGAUGAAGCUUUGAACUUACUCAAGGAAAUGGAAUCAAGUGGUUGUGCUAGAAACGUGGUGACAUAUAAUACACUAAUUGACGGGUUCUGCAAAAAUAAGAGGAUAGAAGAUGCCGAAGAGGUUUUUGAUCAGAUGGAACUACAAGGGGUAUCGAGAAAUUUGGUUACUUACAAUACCCUUAUUGAUGGUCUUUGUAAAAUUAAGAGGGUGGAGGAUGCUGCUGAACUGAUGGACCAGAUGAUAAUGGAAGGGUUAAAGCCUGACAAAUUUACCUACAAUUCCUUGCUUUCUCAUUUUUGUAGGGCAGGUGAUAUUAAGAAGGCAGCAGAUAUAGUGCAAACAAUGGCUUCGAAUGGUUGUGAACCUGAUAUUGUUACCUACGGGACCUUGAUUCAGGGGCUUUGUAAAGCAGGUCGAGUUGAGGUUGCCACUCGACUGCUCAGAAGCAUUCAGAUGAAAGGAUUGAUUAUAUCCCCACAUGCAUACAAUCCUGUAAUACAGGCUCUUUUUAGAAGGAAACAAUCAAAGGAAGCAAUGAGGCUUUUUCGAGAAAUGGCAGAGAAGGGUGACCCUGCAGAUGCUGUAACUUAUAAGAUAAUUUUCCGAGGUCUUUGUUCUAGCGGAGGGCCUAUUGGAGAAGCUGUUGAUUUCCUAGUUGAGAUGAUGGAGAAAGGAUAUGUUCCAGAGUUUCCUUCUUUUAUGAUGCUAGCAGAGGGUCUUUCUUCCCUAGCAAUGGAAGAUACCCUAAUGAAACUUGUUCAUAUGAUCAUGAAACAAGCAAAGUUCUCAGAAAAUGAGGUUUCCAUGAUUAAGGGUUUUAUGAAAAUUCGAAAAUUUCAAGAUGCAUUGGCUACCCUUGGCCGUAUUUUGAAUAGUCGAAUGCCACGAAGAAAUUACAGGUGAAGGAUAGCAUGAGGUAACCUGUUUCUUUAGCUGAAUAGCUGUUAGUCUUAUAUCCUUAAGUUGAACGAAGUUUUGUAGCAAAUUCUUUAUUGCUUAAGUGAUCUUUUUGUUACUGAGGUUACUAGUUUCAUAAUCCUCGGCUUUUCCAUUUGGUUCAUUUGUUAGAUUAAAUUUAGCUCAUGAAAAAUGACACGCUGCUGGAAUGAAGGAAAUCCUGAGGCUUUGCUGGUGAAAUGUAAAUUUGUUUUUCAA